AUGGGUGGUGGGCAUAAUGCUGCUGUCCUUAACUCUACGAAUCCAAGUUUCAAUAUAACAACGCCGGUGCACCCAACUGAACCGGAAGAUUGGGACAGUGGCAAAAAAAUCAUCGUAUUUGGAGGAAUAGUAACAAUGUUUAUUGCGUUAUUCAUCUUAAUCUAUAUAUUCUAUACGCAAAGAAGGCGUAGUAAAGAACGCAAGAAGCUUUUGGCUAUUGCAAGAAAAGAACAGCUGUGUAGAAAAAGAAAAAAAAGAAAGAGACAUCACAGGAAAAGGACCAAACCACUGGAAGUUAUGAAGAAGACCAGUUCUGAAGAAAAACAUAUUAUGCGCCAUAAACAACACCAGAUGAAAUCAGAGAAUGUUCAAGAUUUGAUGGAGACGGCGCUUCCGCCAACUGCAAUCUCUCGAACUCCAGAAGACAAAGAUCUAAACGAUUAUAUAGAUGCAAAUGAGAUUUUUGAAGAAGGUUCAUUUCAAACCAAUGCCACCCAAAAAGACACGGAGCAGCAAUCUGAUGGAAAACUUACCUGA